AUGGCAAAAAAAAUUUCAAUGCCAAAGAGCGCUAAUUAUGCUACUGGACUCAUGCGUUUUAGUUUAGCUCAUUUGGCUAAGUGUAAUGCUAUUGUCAAGAAGGGAAAAAACCCAAAAAAGAGAACUCCAAAAACAAAGAGAUCUCUUAAGGUUCCUAAACUUAGCUCUAAAAUUACACCAGGAACUGUUGUUGUUAUCCUUGCUGGAAGAUAUGCCGGAAAACGUGUUGUUUUCUUGAAACAAAUGGAAAAAUCUGGACUUCUUCUUGUUACUGGUCCAUUCUCCAUCAAUGGUGUUCCAGUACGUCGUAUUGCUCAAAAAUUUGUCCUCCCAACAUCAACUAAAAUUGAUGUCUCCGGAGUUAAAGUUCCAGAUAAUAUGACUGAUGAUUACUUUAAAAGAACCAAAUAUUUUGGAAAAGAAAAGAAGGAUAUCUUUGAACAAGGUAAACAAGAAUACACUCUUACAGAGGCCCGCAAGGCUGACCAAAAAACUAUUGACACUGCAGUCCUUGGAAGUAUCAAGAAAAAUCCAGAAGGUAAAUUCCUUGCUGGAUAUUUGAGAACCAACUUUGGACUUAGUAAAAGACAAUAUCCACAUAAUAUGGUCUUCUAA